AUGUCUUCACUUUUGGACCUUGGCUUAGCCUGUUCACAUACUUUCUCAGACUAUCCCAUACUCCUCUUGGCUGACGCCUCUACUGAGCCAAAUGUCAGCAUCGCCAAGUCUUUUGAGCACUUUGCCACAGCGAAUGAGAGAGGGAGUCCUCAGGGGUUAGACAGAUACCGAGAUCAUGGUCUUUUCUUCUACCUUGGUAUCGAUUUUCCUCAGACUGUCUACUCCUUCUGCCUUGGAGACGUGUUUAUUGUGCCCGCAUAUUUGCUCUGCUGCUACAUGCUCCUAAUGUCUGAAACGAACAUCAGGUUGAUAGACGAAUGGGAAGGGGUUAAUACAGGAGUAGGCUCGCUAGGGAUGGCUUCCGCUGAGUUUCCAUGCCAUGAUCAAGUGGACUAA